AUGAGUUUGUCAGAUUUGAAGAACAGCAUCUUGGAGAAGCUUGGCGUGUUGGGUAGCAAGUGGGUGAAGAAACUAUUCUACAAGAUUCCCAUGGCAGUUGUCUCGACCGGUGUUCAGUAUGAAACCUUUGCGGUUAAGGCUGAUGAAGAUAUUAGGGUUCUGUUCUACUGUGUAAGGAGUUUUCCGGAGAUCAGAAUCCAUGAGUUGUUCGCGAAGUUGGAGGUUGGUGUCGAUAGUUCUGGGGCAUCCGCUCCAGUUCCUUGCCCAGCUGCCGCGGGUGGUGCAUCUAGUUCGAUGCCUGCGGUCAGACCGUAUCUUUCGCCGGUUCAAUCACCUUCGUUUGCGGCUGAUUUAGACCGAACGGAGGUUGUUGGUUCUGUACCUUUGGAGAAUGCAGCAGUCAUUGAGCCUCCCCACGUUGUGGGCACCGGUGGUGGCCUCGUACCUUAUAUCGAAGACUUUGGUGGACCUGAUCAAGUAGAGAAUGCAAUGCGUGACGAUGAGUCUGACCAGGAGCCUGUUGAUAUCGAUGGUGACAGCGACGAUAACACAGGUGGCGAUCCACAUGCGCAGUAUCGGCCUUCAAGUUCUGGUUCUCAUCAGUACCCCCCACACUUCUCCACACUAAACUUGGAAGCUCUUGGUCAACAGGAAGACAGUGGUAACAGAGUGGGGGGAUCUUCUACAGAAUUUCAGAUUGGGCAAUCAUUCCAGAGUAAAGAUAAAGCUGUGCUGAGUGUAAAGGACUAUAGCAUCCGGCGAGGUGUUGAGUACAGAGUCAUCGAAUCGGAUCAUUUGAAGUAUCAUGGAAAAUGCAAGGAAUUCGGCAAGGGUUGUAGUUGGUUGAUUCGUGUUGCGCUUCGUGCACGAAAAGAGAGUUGGGAGGUUAGGAGGUACAACGGGCCACACACAUGCCUCGUAACUUCUAUUUCAAGUGAUCACCGUCAGCUGGAUUACCACGUUAUAUGUGCGAGGAUUCUUCCUAUGGUUAGGGCCGAUGCUGCGGUUACGGUAAAGGUACUUCAACAAGCGACAGAAGCUGAUUACGGUUUCAGGCCUAGUUACAGGAAGGUUUGGAUGGCUAAGCAGAAGGCAGUGGCAUAA